UUCCUCAUCCUACAUCCUUUGCUCACAUGAAUAUAUAAGAAAGAAGAAAAAGAAAAAAGCAAAGAAUAAUCCGUAGGACAAAAAUUGUGAUAAUAUCCAAAUUAUGGGAAGGUCUCCUUACUGCGACAGCUCGGGGUUGAAGAAAGGGCCAUGGACGCCUGAAGAAGAUCACAAGCUCUUAGCUUACAUUCACCAGCACGGCCAUGGAAGCUGGCGUGCCUUGCCCUCCAAAGCCGGUCUUGAGAGAUGCGGAAAGAGUUGUAGACUUCGAUGGACGAAUUAUCUCCGACCGGACAUCAAAAGAGGAAAGUUCAGUUUGCAGGAAGAGCAAGCAAUCGAACAGUUGCAUGCCCUCCUUGGAAACAGGUGGUCUGCCAUAGCAACACAUUUACCUAAGAGAACGGAUAACGAGAUCAAAAACUAUUGGAAUACACAUCUGAAGAAAAAGCUGAUAAAAAUGGGGAUAGAUCCAAUCACUCACAAACCCAUGAAGAACAAUAAUGAAGAAAUGAAGGUGAAAAGUAAUAUGAAUAAUUCGACCCUUAGCCACAUGGCUCAAUGGGAAACAGCUCGACUCGAAGCAGAAGAAAGAUUGGCUCGUCAACAUAAGAUUCAACCAAUUCCUUCUUCUUCUUCAGAAGGCCGAGUGGAGUCUCCAACUACAUCGUCAACUGCCACCGAAAACUGCCAACAUUUGGCCGGAGAGAGUGGUGUUGCGGAUGAUCUGCCGUCGUCGGGAAGUGGCAGCGCCGAGAGCAAGAAUUAUGGAUGGCCGGACACCAUUCUUGAUGAAUUUCUAAGAUUCUGAUUGGGAUUUGAGUUUUUAUUUUUGAGAUGAAAAAAAAAAAAAGGAAAAUUAUGAGAUUCUUUUUUUAUAUAUAUAUAAUUAUAUUUUCGAGAGAGAUGAGAUCUAA